GCUAGCUGGGUACUGAUUUGCGAAAGCUCCCUGCACUAAAUCUUCCCCUUCUUCUCUCUUGAAACAAAAAAAAACUUUGUUUGCUUUCUAGAUGAAUAAUCUUAGACUGCCGUAAUGUGAUUGAGUAAUGAUGUAAAAGAAAAGAGAGAACAAGAGAGAAAAAAAAUACAGAUUUCUGAUUUCUUCUCUUGUAGGUUUGGGUUUUGGGAGGGAGUUCUUUUUUUUUUCUUUUUGUUUGCUGGAAGUUUGGCUUGUUGGGUUUUUUUUUUUUUUUUGGUUUUUCUUGUCUUGGAUGGGAACUGAGAGGAGAGAAGAAACAGUGUUGAACAAGGAGAAGAAAUAUGAUGGGGAAGUUCAGAGAGGGAAGUGGUUGUUGUACAGUUGUAAACUACUCCAGCCUUGUACAAGUUGGUCUUCUUUUAAACAAGGGAGUUACUGAUUUUGCAAAUGAUACAAUUUUGCAUCUCUACAACAACAUCCCUUGAUCACUUUUAAAAAAACAACCACACACAUAUACAAAAACUAACGACUUUCAGAGCAAGAAGAAGAAGAAGAAGCGAUCUGUUUUUAAAAGAGUGUUCUUUUCGUCAAGUUCAUCAACCAUGAAGAGACUUGGCAGUUCAGGUUCCUUGGGUGCUUUGAUCUCCAUCUGCCCAACCACAGAAGAACGAAGUCCAAGAAACGACCAUAUUUAUAGUAGAGAGUUUCAGUCCAUGAUAGAUGGAAUAGAUGAAGAAGGCUGUGUGGAAGAAUCAGGCCAUGUUGCUGAGAAGAAGAGGCGGUUAAGUGUAGAUCAAGUUAAGGCCUUGGAGAAGAAUUUCGAGGUUGAAAACAAACUUGAACCUGAGAGGAAAGUGAAACUAGCUCAAGAACUUGGUUUGCAACCUAGACAAGUUGCUGUCUGGUUCCAAAACCGCCGUGCUAGAUGGAAGACCAAACAAUUGGAAAGGGAUUAUGGCCUUCUCAAAACCAGUUAUGAAUCUCUUAAAGUCAAUUUUGAAACCCUCCAGCAUGACAAUGAAGCUCUUCUCAAAGAGAUAAGAGAGCUGAAGGCAAAGUUGAAUGGAGAGAGCACAGAAAGCAAUAUUUCUGUGAAGAAGGAGGUGAUUGUGCCUGAAACUGAUAAUAAAACACUGGAACAAAGUGAACCACAUCCAGUUUCCUCUCUGGCUACCUCAUCAGAGCCAGCAGAACUCAACUAUGAGAGCUUCAAAAACAGCAAUGGAUCAGUUGGCGCCACCCUUUUCCCAGACUUGAAAGAUGGGUCAUCAGAUAGUGACUCGAGCGCUAUCUUGAAUGAAGACAACAACAACACCAACAACAGCCCCAACAACGCGGCUAUUUCUUCGUCUGAGGUCCUACAAAGCCAACAUCUUUGGAUGUCAUCGACAACUUCUUCACUCAAUUUCAACUCAUCUUCUUCUUCACCAUCCUCCAUUAAUUGCUUCCAGUUCUCCAAAACGACCUAUCAACCCCACCAAUAUGUGAAGAUGGAAGAACAAAAUUUCUUCACCGCAGAUGAAGCUUGCAACUUCUUUUCAGAUGAACAAGCUCCAAGUCUUCAUUGGUAUUGUCCUGAACAAUGGAACUAAAUGAGGAGCAAUUAAGACAAGCCAAAAUCAACAUGUAUGUAAUAUGGGACCAAACCAAAUGCAAAAAAAUAAGGCAAAAAGGCAAGUUGGGUAUCUUAAAUGAAGCUCCAAGAAUUUUGUAA